GUGAAUGGUACACAGAGAGAGGAAUAGGAAGAGAAGGACGACGAAGACGACGAGAAAGUGGAAAUAUGGGUCGGCUAGCACAGGUUGCCGAUGAACAAUCAUCCGACAAAUGCAAAACGUUCGUAUUCAUGGGAGAAGGUUACACCUUGGGCAAUUCUUUGGUAGCCGUUAUUUCGCAAAAUCCCGACGUAGAAUUUUGCGCCUGUUUUAUCAAUCAUCCGGCAGAAGGAAACAUCUACUUGAGGAUUCAAGCGAAGGAGGGAAACGCGAUAGAUGUAUUAAGGAGAGGAUUGGAAGAGUUCGAGAAAAUUUGCGAUCACACUUUAGAAAGCUUCGACGAGGCUUACAAAACGGCUCGAUCGUCGGGCGUAUGAAGAUAUAGUCGCAUCGAGACGUUUCACGACCAAUAUUUCCAAACAUGAGUGACCAAAUAGAUGACACAGUCAGGCCUGGUUCAUCAUUAGGGGAAUUGUGAGAGCUGGAAGUAAGAUGAAGCGGUAUGAUGAAGUCAACGAUCGGUAAACAUCGAAGAGAUGAAAAAUAAUGAAAUAGAACAGAUUUAGCACGGAA